GUCCUAUCGUUCUCUCAGGUUCACUGUUAUGUUCUCCUUGCUUUUGGGUGUCCUGUACACCCUAGCGCCUACAGUCUGGGGAGAUGUUUCUCAGCGUGCUACGCUGGGGAACAAGCUCGCUUCCAAUGGGACAGGAACGCCGAGUUACUCUAUGAAUGUCACAGAUUGUCCAGGAUACACUUUAGGGUCGCUUCACGAGUCUGACAUUGGUCUCACCGCUCAGCUCACACUCGCUGGACCAGCAUGCAAUGCUUUUGGACGAGACAUUUCGAACCUCACAAUCGAAGUCACUUAUCAAUCACAGUCCACUUUACAUGUCAAGAUUUAUGAUACUGCAAACCAACAAUUCACAAUCCCCGAGUCGGUGAUCGAACGGCCUGCCGCGCCAACGACAUCCUACACGGGUAAAUCCGAUCUUUUAUUCAACUUUGAUGCAGCUCCUUUUGCAUUUUGGGUCACACGACGCUCUGAUCCGGGCGCAAUGCCAUUGUUCGACACGAGAACUUCAUCGUUGCCACCGACUCCUAUUCCACCUUUCAAUGCAUCUGACCCAAGCACCGCGUUUGAUGGUUUCCCUCUUGUAUUUGAAGAUCAAUACCUCCAGGUUGCUUCCGCUCUGCCGUAUGGCACCAACAUCUACGGUUUGGGCGAGGUCAUUGCUAGUAGUGGAUUCAGACGCGACAUUGGGACGGAUGGGGGCGUAGGCACUAUUCAGACGCAUUGGGCUCGCGAUGUUGCAGAUCCCAUUGAUCAAAACAUGUAUGGCUCCCAUCCAAUCUACGUCGAACAUCGGUACAAUGCGACUACUGGAAAGGCCUCGGCCUCUGGUGUUCUUUUGCUUAAUGCUGCGGGUUCAGAUAUCUUCCUGCAGACGCCCCCGAACUCUAAGGUGUCAUUAAUCGAAUACCGUCUAAUCGGUGGUAUUAUGGAUUUCUACUUCUUCUCUGGACCCUCAGACGCAGAAGUAAUUGCUCAGUACGGUUCAGUCAUUGGGUACCCUAUGUGGCAACCAGCAUGGGGCUUCGGGUUCCACCUUUGCAGAUGGGGAUACCACAAUGUCAGUGAUGACAUAGAAAAUGUUGCGCGGAUGCGCGCAGCGGGUAUCCCCUUGGAAGUUCAAUGGAAUGAUAUCGACUUGUACCACGCUUACCGCGACUUUACCACUGACCCAGUAAGCUUCCCUGGGGAUGAACUUCGCGCGUUCAUUCGAGAUUUGGCCGCGAAUAACCAGCAUUAUAUCCCCAUUACGGAUGUAGGUAUUGCUAUCACAGUAAAUUCGACUGACGUCUAUGAUCCUUUCACACGGGGCGUUGAAGAAGAUGUGUGGAUCAAAAAUCCAGAUGGGUCCCUGUACCUUGGUCAAGUGUGGCCUGGAUACACCGUCUACCCAGACUGGUUCAGUGAAAACAUACUCUCUGUAUGGACCGAAGCUCUUAGAAACUGGACUGAAAUUGGCGUCGAAUUCUCCGGUAUUUGGCUUGACAUGAACGAACCAAGUUCCUUCUGUAGUGACUCCUGUGGGACCGGUGCGAACUACUCUGCCCUUGCUCCCAUGAGCGUGGCUGGCAUGGUCGUCACUGGAUACCCUGAAUGCUACAAUGAGACGGAAUGGGGACCUAGUGGGAACAUGACUAUCAACGGCACCUCCACAAAUUCAUGCACAAGCUCAACCACGACUGUGGUUGAAAAACGCGGCGUCGGUGCUGAUGGCGAGAAAGGUGUCAAUCUCAACAGCCCGCCAUAUGCUAUUCAUAAUGCCAUUGGAUCCCUUAACCGCAACACUCUGGCGACGAAUGCGACCCACUCCGGCGGAUACGCAGAGCUCGACGUGCACAAUAUGUUUGGAUUAAUGGAGGAAAAGACAACGCACCUUGCGAUUCAAUCUGUCAUUCCUGGAAAACGUCCGUUCUUAAUCAGCAGAUCAACCUUUCCAUCUGCGGGAAAAUGGACUGGUCAUUGGCUCGGUGACAACUACAGCAAGUGGCAGUAUCUGUACCUCAACAUUCAGGGCGUUCUGCAGUUCCAGAUCUACCAAAUUCCGAUGGUUGGCGCUGAUACCUGUGGAUUCAAUGGUAACACCGAUGAGGAGUUGUGCAACCGUUGGAUGCAGCUGUCGGCAUUCGUUCCCUUUUACAGGAACCACAAUAUAUAUGCUGCCCUUCCUCAAGAGCCUUACCGCUGGGAAAGCGUAGCAAAUGCAUCCCGCAUCGCCAUUGCUGUUAGAUACUCCUUACUGCCGUACUGGUACACGCUUUUUGCCAAUUCCUCCAUGGCUGGUCUUCCGCCUGUCAAGGCGUUGUUUUACGAGUUCCCCGAAGAAUCUGAGCUUUUCACAGUGGACAGGCAAUGGCUCAUUGGAAGUGAUAUUCUCGUGACUCCAGUACUGACUCCAGGAGCCACGACCGUCGACGGUAUCUUCCCAGGUCGCGGUAGCGUCAUCUGGCGCGACUGGUACACGCACGCCGUCCGAAAUACAACACUAGACGCUCCUAUCAGUCACAUUAACGUCCACAUCCGGGACAACUCCGCUCUAACUCGCGAAGGCCCCUAUUCGCUGCUCGUCUCUCUCAACGCAGCAGGCACAGCAUUCGGUACUGCAUAUGUAGACGAUGGGAUCAGUUUCCCACCUGGACCGAGUCGGAGCCUCACAUUCCAGGCUGCGAAAGGCACACUCAAGAUUGAGAGCAAGGGAGAAUAUACGAUUCUGCAGAAGUUGGAGACGAUCACUGUGCUUGGCGUGCAGAAGCCUAGUCAGGUCUCAUUGCAGGGAUCGCCGAUUAAAGGGUGGACUUAUAAGGAGGCCACUGAAGAGCUGAUAGUGUCGAACACCUCUGUCAGCCUUGAUGGGCAGACGACUUUGGCGUGGAAGUAG